AUGAAUAAAGGGAUGAGAAACUACGUUAUGUCGUCCCGCCAUGCUGUCACCACCCUUGUCAUAGGCCCUUUUGCCUUUGUCUUUGACAGUUAUACUUAUAUGUCAAAGUCUUUACUCAUGGGAAUGAAGUACACAAUUGCGAAGUUUGCAACUGCAUUGUGUAACAUUCUUCCAGCUGCCACAUUCGUGAUGGCAUGGUGUUUCAGAAGUAAAGAACGUCCGCAGCCAAGCGAAAAUACUUUGCACAUAGGUUACGAUUACAGGAGCAAAGCUAAUAGCAUGGGAUUAGCAGAGGGGGCAGCAGUGGCAUUAGCGGCAGAGAAGGAGAACGCUGCAGCCUGGGCCAUCAAAUGGGAUGCUAGUUCUCUUGCGAUGGUCUACAUUGGCGUUGUAAUGAUGGAAAGAGGCCUUGUUUUUCUCACUGGAUUUAGUCCUCUAAGCAUGGUCAUUGUGGCCAGGGACGGAGCAAGCAUUGGCCCCAUUACCCAGCCAUGUCCCUCCCGUUCAGAUAUUGUGUUUGCUGUACAGCGGCCUGAUGUUGUCACCGAUACAAAGAGUAUUGCACCUACUUGGCACUGGAACAACACCCCGGUUCCUUAA